GACCGUCGUCGUCCUCUUGCAUCAGACGUUUUGUUAGAGCUCCUCGACUCACCUGACGAAUCUUGGGAUAAGUCCGAUGGGGCGGAGGUAGACAUGAGCUGGGCGGAUGUUUUCAAGUACCUACCAACGACGGAGAUACCAUUGGUGCUGCAGAGGCGUGUCAGAGAGCAGUUAAAUUCUGAGGCCUCGACGAAGCCAGUUUCAACUGCUCGUAGAAGCAGUAGUUUGAGACCGUCCUUGUCCCCGGCGGGAUCUGAUGAAGUGCUGUUCGGCUCGGCAUGCAGUGUGGUAGAAGAUGGCAUUAUAAAACCGCAUCGGCAAGCCCCGUUGGUGACUCCUCCAUUGGUGAUGGUGACAGAGUCUCCGUCUACCAGUGUGCCGCCAGCAGGAGGGAAAGGGAGAAAGAAACGAGCGCAGCAGCAGAAGGAGGCACAGAGAGAAGCGGCGAAGAGUGAGCUCCAAGAAUUAUGGCAGCAUGCUACGACGAUAUAUGAUGUUAAGGGACAUGUCCUUCAACUCGCCACGGACCAGUGGGGGUGCCGCUUUGUCCAGCUGAGGUUGGAAGCACCUGACGAGGGCGAGGCUAACUUGAUCGUAUGCGAACUGUUGGAACAUAUCACGGACUUGUCCACGGAUAGUUAUGGUAACUACGUCGUACAGAAGAUGAUUGAGGUGAGCGCUGAUGUCGAGACUAGAUUGGGAUUGAUAGUUGACCAACUAGUUGGAGAGGUCUUUAGACUCUCAGUGCAUGUGUAUGGGUGCCGAGUGAUCCAGCGGGCCAUUGCGGCGACGUGCGUGCCUUUACCACAGCAACAUGCUCUUGUGAUCAGCGAGUUGAAGGGGAGAAUACAGGAGUGUGUGGAGGAUGCUCAUGGCAACCAUGUGGUUCAGAAGAUUAUUGAAAUAGAACGGCCUGUGG